AUUUACUUUGACGCGGUGUGAAUGGUCACAAUGUCUGACCUGAUGCUGUGGAUCGUUGCACAUGCUAUUAAUACUGGUUUGCCAGCAGAAGUUUCCGAGCCUGGCCACAUGAAGCAAUUAGUUACUCUUACAAGUAGCGGUUACUGAAGCUAUAUACUCACCACCAAAUGAAACGCGAGCCAUAGAAACAUAUAGAGAAGUAUGUACGUCAAGAAGAGAUGUGUCCAAAGUGUAUCACUUUAUGACAAAACUAACGAUCAGUCAAAUGUUACCAGAGUGUCUUUAUUCUUUUCACGGUAUGCUGCACGUGCUGUCCAAACUUUACACGCUGGUUCUGCACGAGACAAAUGGUGCAUCACGAGUCACGGAUCUAUGACGUAACAUGUGAUGCGUUCAUGAGCGUCGGUUCACACAGCAUAACAGUUUCUUCGUUUGUGCAUCGAACCAAUCUAAUAUCUGUGGAAUAUGAGUGAUUCUUCAUAAUAUAAACCAACAUGUUGGGUAUUUGCAUUUUAUUUGGCGGUGACAGACCGGUCGGCUUCGUACCCAGCUCUCAAUACACCGACCACCUUGGCUGCUCUCUGUAGUCACGCCCCAGUGUGAAAAGCUCAUCUAUAUGUACUUUGUAAGCCGUUUACUUUUCCUUGAUAAACCCGAAAUCAUCCGCCCCAAGGACCUUGCCUUGAUGUGUGAGGAACAAGAGAGAUGUGUUGUAACUACCCACCAUGUCUCGAGACAAGGGCAAGGACCGAGGUUGUGACUCAGUAGACAGUGAUGUCCUUUACGUAACACAAUAGCCUGUGCCGUCACGCCGCUGUAUUUUCAAUAGAGAUCCGCGGUAUUUGUCUGCUUUUAAAAAUAUCCUUGUUCAAACAUUUGAAGUCCGCUGAUAACCCAUGAUCUGUCUGAUAUAGACCAUGUUUUGACGACGGUCGUGCACUGGAGAAAUGUUUAUGGUCGGUUGGGAUUAAACUGAAGGGUUUUACCGGGGACACAAGGGAGGAACUGAUCGGCAGGGUCAGCAUGUCACUGAAUGAGAACGUACAAAAAACAUCAUGCAAGAAGAAGCCAGACAACGUCAACGCCAGGAGACAAGUCCCAACCCCCAUUAUGUUCCAGAUGGAGGGAUACACAAUAACCGUUAUCAGGCUUUACCCGGGGACCUUGUUGAAGACUAUCAGUGUUGGCCAACGUCUUACCCUCCACACGGAGUUCAGUACAAUGGUAGAGACAGCCCACCACACGAGCCCUUCUUUCAGUUCCACAGUAGAGACAACCAACAACGUGGCCCCCAGAAUCACUACACUGGUAGAGAAAUCCCCCCACACAACCCCGUCUUUCAGUUCCACGGUAGAGACAACCAACAACGUGGCCCCCAGCAUCACUACAUUGGUAGAGAAAUCCCCCCACACAGCCCCGUCUUUCAGUUCCAUGGUAGAGACAACCAACAACGUGGCCCCCAGGAUCACUACAUUUGUAGAGACAUCCCCCCACACAACCCCGUCUUUCAGUUCCAUGGUAGAGACAACCAACAACGUGGCCCCCAGGAUCACUACACUGGCAGAGAAAUCCCCCCACACAGCCCCGUCUUUCAGUUCCACGGUAGAGACAACCAACAACGUGGCCCCCAGGAUCACUACAUUGGUAGAGAAAUCCCCCCACACGGGCCCUUCUUUCAGUUCCAUGGUAGAGACAACCAACAACGUGGCCCCCAGGAUCACUACACUGGUAGAGAAAUCCUCCCACACGGCCCCGUCUUUCAGUUCCAUGGUAGAGACAACCAACAACGUGGCCCCCAGGAUCACUACACUGGUAGAGAAAUCCCCCCACACAGCCCCGUCUUUCAGUUCCACGGUAGAGACAACCAACAACGUGGCCCCCAGGAUCACUACACUGGUAGAGAAAUCCCCCCACACAACCCCGUCUUUCAGUUCCAUGGUAGAGACAACCAACAACGUGGCCCCCAGGAUCACUACAUUGGUAGAGAAAUCCCCCCACACAACCCCGUCUUUCAGUUCCAUGGUAGAGACAACCAACAACGUGGCCUCCAGGAUCACUACACUGGUAGAGAAAUCCCCCCACACAGCCCCGUCUUUCAGUUCCAUGGUAGAGACAACCAACAACGUGGCCCCCAGGAUCACUACAUUGGUAGAGAAAUCCCCCCACACAGCCCCGUCUUUCAGUUCCAUGGUAGAGACAACCAACAACGUGGCCCCCAGGAUCACUACACUGGUAGAGACAUCCCCCAACACAACCACGUCUUUCAGUUCCAUGGUAGAGACAACCAACAACGUGGCCCCCAGCAUCACUACAUUGGUAGAGAAAUCCCCCCACACAGCCCCGCCUUUCAGUUCCACGGUAGAGACAACCAACAACGUGGCCCCCAGGAUCACUACAUUGGUAGAGACAUCCCCCCACACAACCCCGUCUUUCAGUUCCAUGGUAGAGACAACCAGCCACAAGGCCUCCAAGCUGGGUUACAGUUACCAGCACAUUGUUUUGUACCCUUGAAACCUGAUGUUUGAUAAAACUGACGAUUCUGUAUCUUAGUCUCAGGAGCACUCACAAACCACGUCUUUGCCAAUCAGGGGACGUAACUCGUAAACAAUUUCUAACGACUGACUUGGUUCAAAGGGAGUUACUCUCAUUUGCAACAUGAAAUUCAAAGUCGUAAGGAAUGAAAGAUUGUGGUGAUA